CUCUCCACGCCGCCGCUCCGUCACCAGUCUGCCGGAGUCUGCCGGUGGUCUGAGGGCCGUCGCUGAGACUCCACCAGCAGCGAGACAACGCGGCAUCGAGCACCACCCCCUCCCCUCCUCUUAACCCUCCUCAUCCUCAUCUGGCUGUUUUUGCGCUUCUGCUGCAGCGUUCAAGUUCAGGUGAGCCUCGUCACUGGCACAACAAGUCCUCUGCCCGGGACCGACCGGGAUGCUUGCUCCAUGCCGUUCAGUGGUAUGCUAUAAAUGGGCCGCGCAGGAUGUAAAGCCUCGCUAUAAGAAGCAGGAGGAUGGCGAAACCAGGCUUGUCUGCGGCGGUGCUGCUGCUCCUGCUGGGCUUCUUGUCGGUGUCCUCCGUUAAUGCCGACACCUUGCUGUCAGCUCCACUCAAUGUGACCAUCAGAGAGAUUGAGGUCAACUCCGCUAUGGUCACAUGGGAAAUCUUGGAGGGGGACCCUGUCAUCGGAUUUGCCAUCACACAACAGAAGAAGGAUGUGCGCAUGCUGAGGUUCAUCCAGGAAGUGAACACCACCACGCGCUCCUGUGCAUUGUGGGAUUUGGAUGAGGACACAGAGUACAUCGUUCACGUUCAGAGUAUAAGCAUGGGAGGCAGCAGCCCCCCCAGUGAUCCGGUUCUCUUUAGAACGCCCAAAGAAUCGGAGAAGAUGGCGUCUAAAAGCCCAGAUGAGGUGAUGAUGGAGGAGUUUGGUCAGGCUGCCCAGCUGAGGGCUGGAGAACUCAUCAUCAUUGUAGUGGUGCUCAUCAUGUGGGCAGGGGUGAUCGCCCUGUUUUGUCGUCAGUAUGACAUCAUCAAAGACAACGAGCCCAACAACAACAAGGACAAAGCCAAGAACUCCUCAGAGUGCAGUACUCCAGAGCACCCACAGGGGGGGCUACUGCGCAGCAACGUCUAAGACCAGCCCUGCAAAGCCUUGCGCAAUAACCAACUCCUUCAACCUCAGGACAGACCCUGAGACCAACAGAAAGCCAUUCUCAGACACCAUCGUUCUGAAGAACCGAUAAACCAUUAGAGGAACUCUUCAAAAACAAUGGACACCAAUCUGAACUUGCAAAAUCAAAGGCUGCAAAUGGUCAAACAGGAAACAGAAGAGGACAAAACUACAUUCACCUUUGUUGUGACCACAACUUCAGUGUAGCCUACUUUGAGUGGACAGCCAGUAUAGACACAAGACAUAAAAUGGCUGUCAAUCAAAGCACCGGAGGGAACGUACAAUCUUCCUCACAAGAACUGCUUUAUUCAUAAGUAGGCCUACUGGUUACUCCUAAUUGGUGGCAUUGAAUCCCAAGAACGGAUGAUCAAACAUGAAUGUCAUGAAUGUGUUUUUUUUUUCUUUUACUUCUUUUGUUAUCACUGGUCAGAAAUGUAGGUUGCCACGCAAGAAUAGCUGGUCCAGGUAUCAGUCAGCACACAACUAAACAAGCUAUGCUCUGUUUUAAACCAAGGACUUUCUCUUUUUCUAUCUCUCCGUCCACAUUCCCUCCUUUCUGUCUUUGUUACAGCCCUUUGUGUAGCAGCUCAUCUGUAUCCCUUUCUUUCAGUGUCAGUGUCUCUCUAAUAAUAACAUUGCCGUUUGGUGCUCCUCCUAUUGUGAUUGUUUGAGCCCUCACAAUCCCAAUCUUUAUUACGGUAUUGUUUUGUUAUUGGGUCAGAAGUAUUGCACAUUGAGUCUUGUCUCCUGGCUUUCUCUCUCUGCGUCAUCAGUUAAGUGAUGCAUCUGUUUUUGUCUCUCCUCUCUGAACUGGAACCUUAAUGCCCUUGUCAGUUCAGGGAUAAAAUCUGACAAAUUUGUUUUACAGCGCCCCAUAUUUUCCUUAUAUGAGUUGAAUGACGCUGUCUGAGCCAUGAUUCAGACAAAGUUCAAGGAUUGACCAGGCAAUGUGUCAUCACAGCGGUGUCACAUUCCAAAUCAAAAUCUGGCAACGACUUCCAAGUUUUAAAUCCAGAAGUUUACUUCUAUGUCAAACUUUUAAAAGACUUGCAUGGCUGGAAAAUGACUGAUUUGGGUUCAAAUUGAGAUUGAUUGUUGAUAUUCAGCACCAUAUGGUGCCUGUGGUCUGCAACAGGGUGUGCAGGGAAUAAGCAUUGAGAUAUGUAGGGUAUCAUUCCUACUGUAUACACUGGUCAAAGUCUGGUUGGGUUUCCACUCUGGUUUGGCUGAAUACCAGCAGGGAUGGCAGGCAGUAGAAGCACAGAGAUGAUUGGUUACGUGGCUGAACCCUGUUUUGAAAUUCUUUGUAAGACUACAUUCAUCAUAAGCGAUCUAAGGCUGUAAUGGGAAAGAGAAAAAAUAUGUAAAGUCCAGGUGUAAAUUCAUCACAAAUGCAAUGCAGAUUUGGUUGCCCAGCUGCCAGCACACAGUACAACUUUCAUGGACUGGCAGUACAAUUAAAAUUUACCUGAAUAUGUAAUCUGUAUGCUGAUGAUGAGAUUAUCUUUUUCUUUUAAGAAUACUGUCAUAAAAAUAAUCCGGGUACAUUGCCCGGCAGUGUAUACAACUGAAACCUUAAACAUGUCUCUCAUGCAGGAUGCCAGUCUAAACAAUGAAAGGUUUUGUUGUUUUACUUUCAUCCCAUUAAAGGGUUAACUGUUGGCAGGCUGAUCCACAUUUACAGUAGGAUGCUUGCCACUAUGUGGGACAGUCAUUGGGAGAGCAUCAGAGUUAGCUAGUAUCCUUACUUCUUUAACUGUUGCUGAAAUAAGUAAUCACAUAUCAAUUAGUUUGACAGAAAAUUAAUUGAUCAAAAUUUUGAAAAAAUUCCAAACAUUUCCUGGUUACAGCUUCAGAAGUUUGGUAAUUUACAUACAGUAUCCUUCAUCGUACAGUACCAUACCAUAAAUACAUUUGUGUUUAUUCACACCGGGAUCUGAUAACUGAUUGCAUAGAAGAAGUAAUCAAUUUAAGGUCAAUAUUCUAUAUUUUCCUUCUUGUCCAACAAUCUAAUGAAAAAAACAAAAUAAAAAAUGAUGAAGUGUUACAUGUCUAGCCAAAGCCUGAUAUGUAUCUUAUUCCCCUGUGCCAUAGAGCUCCAUUGUUGUCCAAAAACAAUGAACCACAUUGUUUAACAAUGAGCAGGGGCACUGUAGUUUAUAGGAGUCAAUCCCACAGCUACUUCCUGCUGUAGAAACUCACUAGUGUGCCACAUGUGCAUUAAUCUACAGCUGAAAAUAGUCCAACUAAUGCACAAUUUAAGUAACAUUUGCAGUACCCCAAAUCUUUUACUGAGCUUUUCAAAAAUGUAGCCUGAUAUUUGUGAGUUGUUUUAAAAGAUUGACUUCUUCAGCAAGAACAAAUUGGCUUAGGCUUGGGAAGUUGGAAAGUAUUGAGAGACAUACUAACAUAUGGUUUUGUUCUUUUCAUGGGAUUUGUUGAAAAAUUAAAAUAUAGAAUAUAGAAUAAUGGCAGCCUAAUCCUUAAAAGCAAAAACAAUUAGUAAUCAACUAGGAAAAUUUUAAUUAUUUGCACUCCUAGUUAUUAAGCACUCUAAAAUGUCCCAUUAAAUCAUAGCAUACGUAUUCUUUGUCCUUCCCACUUAUUUAGCUACUACUUCAUCAAAGGUUUUAUGUGAAGGAGCAUCAUGCAAUCAGAAUACUCCAGCUAAGGAUAAAGUGUCAUCAUCUUCUUUGGGGCUUCCUGUUCAAUUAUUAUGUGCUAGCCAUAUAAUUGCAAAUACAAUGGACCCCCACCCCCUGAAUGCUGACGCUCACCAGUUCACUGAUAUGUCAGACGGAAAAAUGUUGUGAAGCUGAACGCAGCAGACUUGCAGGCAUAUUAGAGAUAAUGAGUGAAUAUCUGAAUGCCCCCCCCCCACACACACACACACACAUGCUGAAUUUAAAUACUGUCAUGUGCUGCUCUCAAUCAUCACUUCUACCAGCACACUGAACCAUCUCCCUGACAUUCAUUUUUCACUCUCUCCCUCCGCCACCAGCCUCCCUCGUUCCCUCUGUAUCUCCAGCCAUCCCCAUCUGCCCUCAUUACCCAAUUUAUGGUUUCCCCUCACUUUCUAUCCCUCUGUCACGAUGCUUUCUUUCUUAUAUAUCAUUCCAUCCUUCCUAAUUUCUCCCCUUCAGCAGUCUGUCCUCACUUCACUUUCCUCUCCCCUGUUUCUCAUUAUAUCCACUCUCAGACCCCCGUGACCUGCCUUCUCCCUCUUGUGUGUCUUAUUUGGCCCAGGCCCACUGCCUAUCCUUCGCUUCUCUGCUCAUUUAUCACCUUUUUGUCUCAAACUGGCCUGGAUGGACACUUCACCUGGUAAACACGUAAGGCAAAACACACUAGAGCAAGGAGGAGAAUGAAAGAAUCAAUAAAAUAGGAGAGCUGACAGCUAAGCUAGAGAUAAGAAUGGUAAGCACUUUUUACACUAUUAACACAUACACAUACCUAAAGGAGUUUUUUGUUUUGAUAUCUAAUAAUACUAUAUACACUGUUGUACAAGAACAAUGCUGUAUUUAAAUUUUUUUUGUCUUCUACGUGUAUCAUCAAUUGGUGAACAAGCAGACUUUUGGCCUGGAACAUGUAGCUUUAGCCUCGUUUACCAUGAUAACAUGCAGGGAGUCAUCAUGUGCAUUUUAAAACAAGGCAUCUGUAGACACUAAAAAGCCACCCAGAGACAUUUUCAACUAACCAAUGGAUCUAAUGUUAGCUUAAUCUGCUAGCUAGCCAUAGCUGAUAAAAAUCUGGCAAAGUGGUUAAAAGUGAGGUUAACGAUUAACUCAACACCAUUUGAAAAUCUUGUCCUUGCUGGCCUCCAGUGAUUUACCUUCUCACAUUGUUGCAGUUUUGUACAGGUCAGGACAUAGUGACAACACCUGUCACCACUGGGUGUGGUACAAAGUACAUUUCAGACCCUGUUCAACCCCAACUCCACGGUGAGAGUCUUGCCAAGGACCUGUGCCUCUUGCUUUGCCCAGUCUUCUUAAAGACUAAAGACGAACAGUGAUUGACACUGCAUUUGAGAAUUAUCUGGCUUUGAUUGACCAGAUUUUUUUCUUUUCCGUCAGGAUAUAGUGACAGUUUUAGCAAAUAUGACAAAAUGUUUUCCCAGAAUUCCCUACUGCUGCUUUAAAUGUAGGAUGAAGGUGAAAAUAAUUAACAGUUUAACACACAAUCUCUCAAACUAGAAUGGGUGUAAAACAAAUGCAUCUUGAGAGCAAAGAAUGACUGUGUAGAAUGAAUAAGUGACUCAAGUGGUGGUCUAUUAACUCAAGCUGGUUGUAGUGAGAAACCAUCUGACAGUGACUGCAUGCAAACAAAGGGGAGGAGACUAAAACAGCAGAUUUGGUGAUCUUUGAAGCAUAUGAUACUUGAAGCGAUGACAGAAGUGGAGCAUCAUGGCAGUCCUGUAGAACACAGCAGCAUUAAAGAACAGGCGCGUCUGACAAAGCAGAAAGUGGAGAUUUGAAUGUCAAGCUUUUUCCAAAGGGAGCGUAGGUGGUAGUGUCUGAGGGAGCCUGUUAGAAGCUGGUAAAAAAAUGGUAGUUGUUGCUCCGUCUGCGCAGAUGGAAGUGGAGGCAGGGGAAGACACAGGAGAUGGUGAUGUACAGGAGAUGUAUAUGGUGAGUGUGCCACCAGCUUUUUGUCCCAGGAUCUACUUUUCAAGGAACUAAAAGGUUCCUUCAGCCCAUUGUUGUGUGCUUUUCCACCGCGGUCUAAAGACCUGCGAAGAUUAGGCAAAUUAAUCAGCUGACAUAUAGCCUGUGCCAUAAAAAGCGAUGGACAGGCAUCAUUAUUUAGCAACCACGAUCCAUGACCAAAAUGUAUAUGUGAACAUCAGAUUUGAUAGGAAUAUAAUGAAAAACUAUAGGCUAUGCUUGACUACUAAAAAUAGCUUUUUUAUUUGUGAGCAUAAUGAAGAGACACGAUUUGAGUUCGUUGCAAAUUUAAAAACAAACUCGAUAAAGAGAUCAAGUUCUUAAAAGAACUCCGGCACAGGGAAAGAAACACUAAAAUAAAAUCACAGCAGAUCAGCUCACAGCACUCACGUCUGUGUCUGCCUGAGCGUCGGAGGAAUGUAAUUUUAACGCGUUUAUUACCUGUUGUAAUUAGCUGGUGCGUUUGUUUUGGAGAAGAAGAGACGUACUUCGGCUCCAUGUAAAAACUUCCUGAAAACUUAAACGACUCCAGACUUGGUAUUUAGCGUAACUCCAUGAGCUGUUAGCUGUAAACACAUCGCUGCACGAUGGCUGCUAUUUCCGAGAAAUAGAUUUAAUGCCAACUACGAUCUCAGGCGGACAUCGACGAGACUUGUGUGUGCUAUUUGACUGUUUGUGAUUUAUUGGUUUGCAAACAAUGGUGGAAAAGAGAGGAGUUGUACCGGUAGUACCGGAAAGUCCUACCCCCUGAGCAGGGACUUUUUUUGGGGGUGAAAUAAAGACCCUAAAACUAAAUUUAAAACCUGGUCACUGUGGUGGAAAUGCAGUUGGUUCCUCCAAAGGUUCCUAUUUCCGUGUUGUAGUUCUUGUAGUGGAAACACAGCUUAAGAGGUGAGGUAACCUGUGCCCUUUUGCAGUUUAACAGGUAACAAGCAUAUUAUGUAAAAGGUCAGACGGUUCCUUCUAACUUUUGACGUUACGCUCUCUGCAGUUAGCUGCAGCAUGCUCUCUUGCCUUCAGAAAUCAGAAUGACUUUGUUCUCUCUUAUGUGAUUGAUCAAAGGAAACAAACGCUAUUGACGUUGUUCUUGCCAUCAUCUUAAAACACACAUUACAAAGUUUAUUUUUUAAAUUUAUCAUUAAACCGGUUGCAUAUGGGGUUAACAUUAUCUGGAUCACUGAACAUUAACUUGAUAAAGUGGGUGAUAAAAAUGAAUGUGCUUAGUAACUGUAAUAUGACUGAAGCUGAAGUGGUAAUUUUCCUGUAUCUGUCUUAUCCAAGCACACAUACUCACUUAAACACUCACUCAUGCAUCAAGUCUAUUCUCCGGCUGGCUGCGGUCCAAACUGACAUAUUGAGGGGAAGCAGCAGAAGGCAGGUCUGGCCCAGACAGCUCUGUCUCUGUCUAUCAGACGCUGCAGGAGACGACUCAACAGCUGCUCAAGGUGAACUUCCAAUGAGGCAUGUGCGAAUAUGGAGCCUGAGGCCGGGAGUGAGACCUAAAGACAGAGAGAGAGAGAGGCAGAUGGGACGAUGAGUCAGAGAGUCAGAGGGAAUAGCAUUGGGAGUGACAGACACUGAGGGAGAUAAAGGAUCAUUACACCCAGGCUACGUCCACACUACUACGUUUUUGCUUUAAAACGGAGACCUUUUGCUACGUCCCAGCCUGUUUCCCACCGCCACAGACACUUUGGACUCUUGGACUUACUUUCAGUAACAGUUCCACCUCAUUGUCGGUCCAUGCAAAAUAAAUAUCCAUUCUAAAAUGCUGGUGUGGACAGAGAUUGUAGGCGUUUUAAAACUCCAUUUUUAAACAAAAAAGCAGUAGUGUGUAUGUGUCCCCAGUGGGGUUUGAAGUGUUAAAGCUCCAAGUUUAGUCCAGUAUGAUGAGGUUUUUGAAUGUUAACAGGGGUGUUUAGUGUGUUGUGGAACAAUCAGUGUGAUUCCAAAUGUAAACGUGAAAAAAUAUGAAAGUAAUGUUGGCAGAAAUGUAUUUAUAAAACCACAACUAGUUAAAGUAAAAUUUGCAUAUACGUGUCCCAAUGGCCAAAAAUGAUAUAAUCAAUCACUGCCUUACUUUGUGCCCAUGCAGGUUCUGGAAGCAAAUUAUUUUUUUUAUAUAUUUGCUGCAGGCAGCUUUACCAUAAUUUAUAGGUUUUAGUGACCUGACAUCCCUAGAUUUGUUUGUGCUUGCUUGACUUUACAUUCUUUCAAAGGUAAUAUUAUUUUGUUUGUUUGGAUGUUUUAGGCCCUCAUUACUUAUGAAACUAUGACUGAAGAAAUUUUAACAUAAUAAAUAAUCCAGUAGUGCAAUUUGUCCCAUUGCGACACCCUAAGCCUCCCUAACCCCAGCCUCAAACCAAAGUCCUGCUUAAUUAAUUAUCAUGUGCCAACGGAAGACUAUAAAAAUGGUUAACGUAAUCCCUAUUUAAACUGGUUUGCCUGUACUGUAGAUGACUGGAUUGUUGAGAGCCUUGAAUAAUCACCCUAAGGUCCUACACAUAGAAAAGAAUAGGGCCGUUUACUUAUGGCAAAUAUUUGUACUUUGUGUCGAAGCAAAUAACCAAGAAGCAUGGAUCUACAGCAGAAUAAUGGAGUCAGUGUUUUAUGUACAAUCAUGGUGUCUGUGUUUGAACCGUUUUGAUGUUCAUGGGAUAAAACCUGUUCAUGAGGGCUAGCAUGACUCUGCUAUUGUUCACACCCAUGGUAUAUAUACUAUUUCUAUGAAAAUAUAAAUGUCUAAUUAUGUAUUAACACAGGAAAGAAUUAAAAUAUUUUCAAUGCA